CCAGACCAGAGCUGGUGUCGCAUCAACGCGCCGCUGACCUAGUACCAGAUAUGGUCGGUGAAAGGGUGCCUGGGGCUGGUGGCGCAAGUGGCGGGCCAGUCAGGGUCAGUGUCGGACAAUCGCGCCAGCUUAUGGACAGGGAUUACUCACGCGUGCCAGCUAUUUCUAGACGGCUGGCAAGGGCAUGACUAGUCGGGGCCAGCGGUGAACUUACGUGCAGGGGUGUUGCGCGAUCGUUUAGUCGGGGCAAACUGUCUGUACACAUGAUAACAUGUUUCCUUGGCCGUUUAUGCUACAGGAGGGGUUGCAGUUUUUCCGCCGCCGUUUUUAGUUGGUAGCGAUGGCCUGGUCUGGUGGGCAUGGCGGCGCAAAGGACGGUGAUUGGUACUGCCCUACAUGUGCCGACCUGCAGUUCAGAAACAACCCAGAGUGCAGGCACUGCGGCUUAUCGAAGGAGCAAGGCGUGUCCGAGAUCACGCCGGAUAUGUUUUUACAAGGGCACGAUGUGAGAGCAGAGGCGCGUGCAUGUGCUUGGGUGGGGUGCGCAGCAAACAAUAACGACCCAAUAAUUCGGGUCAUGGUAUCCUAUGCGUGCUUGCAAUUCGGUGUCCCUGGCCGCGCACAGCGUUCGAGCUUUUCAGCCUGAACGAGGCUUGCCUGGAUGCUGAUGCCGCGGCGGCAAAGCAAAAAGUGCGUAGUGGCUGAACGAAAGAGCAGUGCCACUCCCGUUGGGUAUAGGGCAAUGAAGAGGGAACAGGUUUCGAGCACCGCCCGCGACAGGCGCUGCUUGCACCGUUGAGGCCUUC